AUGUCGUCGGCCCUCGAGGCCAAGAUAGUCGUGCUGGGCUCACAGGGGGUCGGCAAGACCUCUCUGGUCAUGCGGUAUUGCAAGGGAGCCUUCCAGCCCUCGCAGUUGACCUCCACCGUCGGCGCAAGCUUCAUGACCAAGCGCGUCGUCGAUAGCGACACCGACACCGUUGUGCGACUGCAGAUCUGGGACACAGGCAAGUCAAAAAUCCGAGUCAAGCCGCCUCUUCCCACCGGCCAGGAGAGGUUCCGCUCUAUCUCGCGCCUCUACUACCGAGGCGCUAACGCCUGCAUCCUGUGCUACUCCAUCACCGACGCCCAGAGCUUCGCCGACAUGGGCGCCUGGCUGACCGAGCUCCGCCGCAACUUGCCCCACGACAUCGUCCUCCACGUGGUCGGCACCAAGUCCGACGUGGUCGCCCGCGAGCCCGCCAAGCGCGAGGUUCCCUUCGAACGUUGCAUUGCUUACGUCGCCGAGAACCUCGCCCCAGGGCUGAGCUCCACGCCGCCGCCGACCGCGACACCGGGCGGACACCUGAACGCGCCCGGCGGCGGGAGCCUCAGCGGAAGCGGCGGCUUCUUCUCGAGCAGCGACUGCACGUCCGCCGAGCCCCGCAGUCCCACCUCGAAACGGUCGUCGGGGUUCUGGGGCCAGGAAGUGGGCUGGGACGCCUGCCACGAGAUCAGCGCCGAGUCGGGCGAGGGCGUCGAGGAGGUGUUCCGGGUCGUCACCCGGAAGCUCGUCGAGCAGAACCGCAAGAUGCAGGCCGCCCUGCAGGCCGCCACCGCGACGCCUGGCCUCACCCCGGGCCUGGACGGGGGCGGCGUCAACGAGGGCGCCGGGGGCUACUUCGACGGGGCGAACCCCAGGGGCAGCUUCAGGGUGGGGAGGGACAGGCGGUCGUGGUUCUCGCCGAACUUCUCUCCGGCUGUGACCAUCGAGCGCGGCGCCGGCGCGCAGCAGCAGGACGGGGAGCAAGACCGGCCUGAUUUUGAGGCUCGCAGGGGAAAGAAGUGCUGUUGA